AUGGCGCUGCCCAAGAGAAUCGUUAAAGAGACGGAGCGAUUGAUGGCUGAACCGGUCCCUGGAAUCAGUGCCGUUCCACACGAAGACAACCUCAGAUACUUCGACGUCUCCAUACACGGUCCUUCGCAGUCGCCGUAUGAAGGUGGCGUAUUCAAGCUUGAACUCUUCCUUCCGGACGAUUACCCCAUGACACCUCCCAAGAUCCGUUUCCUCACCAAAAUCUACCACCCCAACAUCGACAAGCUCGGCCGUAUCUGCUUGGACGUUCUGAAGAGCAACUGGUCACCUGCUCUGCAGAUCAGGACUAUUCUCCUCUCAAUACAGGCUUUGCUCGGCGCUCCCAACCCGGAUGAUCCUCUCGCGAACGACGUUGCACAGCGCUGGAAGGAGGACCAGGAAGCUGCUAUUCAGACGGCCAGAGAAUGGACCAGGACUUAUGCCACGGCUUCUUGA